AUGGUCGCUCGAAAGUUUUUUUCGAAGUUCAUUUGUGCGGUGAUAGUCCUCCAUUGCGUCCUGCAGCUUGUGUCUUCGCUUCAAGGGCCGACCGUUCAUCGAUCAUCACGUUGGUUGUCGCCAGUGCCUUCGGCACAGGCGCCGCCGAUAACGAAAGUCCAGAAGUGGUCUCUGUACGCUUCGUCCUCAUAUGUAUCUCAAGUCCGUGAUCGACUUGGUCUGGAAGAUCGUUUCGGCCGGUGGAGAUAUCUGCAACGUCUGUUGGAGGACGAGACUGCACCUCGGGACGCAAACGAUAUUUUGUACGCUGUAUUGGAUGGCUACAUAAACUUUCCACGACCUAAAUUCGGCAGCUCUGACGAGACUGGCUCACCGGAACGAACCGAGCAACGAUUGCAACGAAUUCAAGCAGUCCUGGAGAAAGCGGUGGGUGAAUCGGUGCCCUUCAUGACAGACAACGAAUCAGUUUACGAUCCGGAGAUAAUGCGACUGUUAGAAAUGGUACUACCGGAUCCUCAAGAUGACGAAGAGGAUUUUAAAGCAGCUUGGGAUAUGAUGAUUGAAUUGAACGGCCGUGAAUCGGUCAAAAUCAACGAGCGGGACGGUCGUCCAGAAUGGAAGGCGCGCUGCAUGAUAGCUCGCAUUAUCAUUUACUACGAUUUCAUUACCUAUGGAAUCGUGGAUGCUCCGAUUUCCGAGAAAUAACUUGCACAAACGCAUGCGCAAUGUACUUUUUCACUGGGAACGACUUAAUGGGUCAAGUGUUCAAUCCAUUUUACUGUUCGCGCCCGUACCAGGUGAUCAAGAGUGGUGCUUACGCAAACCCGUCCUUGUAGUAGUAGUAAAAGUAGCAGCGGGGCGCUAUAAACUUUCGCCCUUUAGAAAAGUGCGCAACUCC